AUGAAGAGGUCUGGAGCAAUCCUUGAACAACUUGGAACAGUUCUUGCCUCACAAGCUGUAGAGUGCAAAUCUUCAACUUCAUUAAUGGAUUUGGAUACUGGAAAUCUUGUCGACGGCCACAAAAUGGCUGAGUUAGCCAGACAUCAGAUAGCUGAAACAAAAACUGACCACAAAAGCUGUACACCUUCAAGUUCUAACAAUAUGAAUGAAUACACGUCACUUAAUUUAACUGUUAAAAAUGUAGACUCCUCAGAGGAGGACUGCAAUAUGGAAAUUACUAGAGCUUUUACAGUGCCCUUAGAGGGUCAGUGCUGUAUUGCAUUUAGUCAGGAAGAAAUGACCAGAGAAAUUGUGGCGACCACACCUGUAACCACCGAGCAAAAGAUAUUUCAAGAAAUGGACCAUACAUUGCCAGUAAACAAUAAAACUGGGUCAUCUGCCAAAGAAGAUAACGACCCAUCUCUAUUUGAGUCUGAUACCGAUGCUUUGAAAAAGGAUCGUUCAAGCUCUGUUAAGUCUAGACGAAGGAGUCUAGCUGAUCUACAAGUGAAACUUCAAAGUAUUUCACAGCAUAUUAACGACCCGGAUGGAUUGUUGGCCGGAAGUGUUACAGCACCACUCGUUAGCUUCACAGUGGCGUCUCCAAUUGAAAGCCCUUCAGAAAGACAUGGAUCUUUACAGCCUUUCAAAGAAACUCAGCCCCUUGAAGAAAAAAUUAACUUGGCUCAUAAAGAGGGCGCCACGCCAUUCAACCUCAAGAAUUCUCUGAUGGCAAGACUGUCAGUUGGUGGUAUCGUGCCAAAAUUUCCUCCACGGACCAGAUCAAGUCCAAACCAGACAGAGCCCAAAAGCCCUAAUGACCUUCAGGGUCCUCAACUGCAAACGUGUUUCAGUGUUGAUGUACAAAAUGUCAGGUAUGAAACCGAUCUCUUUGAUGAAGUGCUGCCUGAUGAAGAUUUGUCAGGUACUUUAGUCAGCUAUUUGAGCAAAAGCAAAGAACAAGAAGUCACAGGGGUUCAUUUGAAUGACGAUGCUAUUGAAUAUGAUCGCAUGGAGUCGGUCAUGGCUGUAAACCAGUCUGAGAAAAUGCCACCUGAAGUAAAAGAUGCAGCCGUGGACACCAAAGACACGAACGAAAAACCGUGGGACAGUAAUUAUGCAGCUCAGAAUGCCCCGACUCAUGUGGUAAAGGUAAUAGAUAACGCCAACUCCAGCAGCAAUUCCACCCUGACGAAAUGUGACGGAAUCUCUGAAUUAACCCUCAGAAACUCUCAGCUUGAUUCCCAGAUUGAAGGCACAAUGGAUCAUGAGUUUGAUUUCUAUAAGAAACUUGAAGAGGGAAGUCUUACAGUGAACGAGUUACUAACCUACUUUGGUGCCAAAUUUGUAAUCCAUCGAUCAAGACCCAGUGCUCUUCCCGACAAUUUUAGAGCUGCACAAACUUAUACAAUGGAGGACUUGCUGAGAGAGAAAUACAUACACCGUCCUCAGCAAAAAGUCUAUGAAACCGAUUGCCAAAACCUCUCUGAGAUGUCUGAGGGUUUUAAAACGCAGAUGGCAGAUCAAGAUAAACCACUGAGGAGUAUCAAUGAAACACUGCUGCAAGAUGUGUCUUCUUUCUCAAAAGAGCAGCUACAGAGUUUUGGUGCCAAGCUGAAAGAGCGAAGGGUGUACUUCCGAAAAAGAAGCAAGGCACUCUCCCAUAAAAUGAAGGAAAACUUGUAUUCUGAGCUUUUAAAAACAACAAAGGAGGCAAAACAAAGUCUGAUGUCUCAAGUCAAGGAGACAAAUGAGAUGUUAAAAGACCUAGAUGGAUGUAUAAAUGACCUGGAGUCUGAGUUGUUUGGGAUGAACAACAUCGUCAUGGGAGAUGCACAUUCCUUCAUCAGUCUCCAACCUGUUUUGAAGGCAAAGCAAGAACAACUUGAUGCUCUUAAUUCCGAAGUUACAGAGAAAGAAAAGCAAAUCUGUAAGCUUGAACUUCAAGCUCAAUCUUUAGAGGACACAUGGAACAAAGUUCAAGAUGAAAUCAAGGAAUUUGAACGCCGUACAACAAAUCUGAACAGUCUGAACGAGUGGCGAUUUAAUCCCGGGGACAAAGACAAGGUUUAUUUUAAUUUUCUUCAUGAUACCGUGCAACUCGAAGUGAAGCACAAAAAGGAUACUGGAAAUAAAUGCAUGCAAGAUGAGAGAGAAGUGGAUGUGCACACAUCAUUCACAUUUCUACUGAAUGCUGAAAGCUCACAGCCGAGUGCAAUCAUGAUCCAUAAACUUCUCAAAGAAAACAUCAACUCUCAAGCUAAAUGGAUGCAGAAGGACUUGACAGCUCAGCACGUACCAAUGUUGCUGCAUGAUGUCAGCGUGGUGGUGAGCCGACUUCGACUCUUGGGUGAAGAAAUCCACAGGUUGAAGAAGUGGGGAGGUCUGAGGCUUGGAAUCUUGCAUAUUACUUGUGUGGAUACAUUAGUUGAAGUCAUGUUCUCUAGCAUCAGGGCAUUUGUUAAGUUUGAGCUAAGCCUGGCGGUCACCCCAGAUUAUCCUUUCAGGCCCCUGCAGCUGCAGGAAUUUCAAAAUCACAUUGGUGACACAAGGCUGGAGCAAAUCAGAGACAUCGUAUCCUCUGUAAGACCAGGCAAGAACUAUCUGACUCGAGUCAUGAAGAAGAUUCAUUCUCAUCUUCUGGGCUAAGACGUGUUUGUUGUUUAAGGAAAAUGUUUAUUUGUGUUUAAAAAAAAAAAACGUGUUCAUGUAAACACUCAGAGCUGACAAGUUGUUUAUUAAAACUGCUCACUAUUCAAUAAAGAUUUGAUUCAGUCA